UGCACCAAACAGCUGAUUUUUGCGCGCAAUUUUGUCCCUUUCACAUGUCCUGCGGAUUCUAACGGUGAAAUUUGGCAAAAUCAGUUUUCCGUAUUUUUUUCGGUACAUUCCAUCAUGAAUCGUCCAAUUCAAACCAUGUUGAUGCGCAAACUGAGCGGCGAGCUACCGUUGACGCCAAGGCUACAGCAGAGACCCCAGGAGAGCGCCCUGCAAUCGCUGCACCGUCAGCAUCUAUCCACCUUGGGCAAUCGUGGCAAAACGAGUGACCUGUUUUGCAUCUUCCACCAGGUGCAAGAAUCGGGACUCGCCGCGGCGAUCGCGUGGCCCGAAGAUCCGCCCAAGAGCAACGAGAAGGCCGCGGAACUGCUCGCCCUCGGGGAUGAGCUGAUGGCGCUGGAUAACGUUUUUCGCCACGACGAGGCCGUCCGCAGGUACAACGAGAGUCUGUGCUGGGCCGAGCAGGGGACCGAGGUGAUGGCGUUGGGGUAUGCGGCAAGAGCCAAAGUCUGCAUAGAAAACGAAGAGUACGAGUUCGCGCUGUACAAUGUUGCACUGGCGCGCAAGCAGCCCAAUUGUUCACCGGACCUGCUCGAAGAGCUGACCACGUGCGAGACCAAAUGCCGCGAGCAGAUUGCCGAAGGCAAAUCGUUCGCAAACGCGCCAUUUGCUCGCCUUCCGAUGCGCCUCGAGCCGAACCCACGAAUUCCGUUUAUGGCCAAGGGUCUCGCGAUGAAGCAAGAUCCGGACUACGGCCGAUGUCUGUUUCCCGACGAUGAAAUCUUUCGUCCGGGGGACGUUCUGAUGGAGGAGGAGGCCCUCGUCGCGAUGAACGAUCCCAAGUUUCGGCUCGUCAAUUGUAAUUACUGCACGGAGAUGAAGGCCUUCCAGCUGGUUCCGUGUCCGGGCUGUUGCUCGGUGAUGUACUGCAGCGAGGAGUGUUUGGAGAAGGAUGGCCAAGGUGGGCACCGAUUUGAGUGUGGUAUUGGAGAGAAGCUGAACUACCUGCACACGUCGAACGCCAUUGGCCCGCGGAUGUUCUUCACCGGGUUGACGCUGUUCAACGAUGACGUCGUUGAGAUGCGAAAGUUCUGCGAGUCGCACAAGCGAUCCGGAGCGAACCCGCUCGAGCUGGACUACCGCAACACCGACGGGUUGGAGCUAGAGAAGUUCAAGAACUUUCACCAGGUCAAGUUCCCGAACUUUGACGCCAAUCAGCGUAGACAGUUUGCCUUCGCCGCGUGUCUCUAUCAACAAGCAUACCUCAAGCACCCCCUCGUGCAGUCGCUGUUCGUAACAGAACCCAACCGGAAGUUCAUGCUGCGUUACUUCUACGACUACAUCCAAGCCCUCGCUUACCUCAACGUCACCCACUGGAACAAAGCCGUCAACUCGUUCUUCCCCAUCGCCUCGAUCUGUAACCACUCCUGCGAACCGGAUGCCAUCCUAACCGGCGGAACGCGUUCCGCCAAGCUGAUCGCCCUCAGAAUUCUCGAUCCGAACGAUCAAAUCUUCAUAACGUACGGACCGAACUGGUUCCGCGACUUCCCGAACAAACCGCACGGAACGCGCGCUCAACUCAGCUUCGAUUGCAUCUGCAAGGUGUGCAAUCCGAUCGAACGUAACUUCUGGGUUCAGAUGGGCUGUCCGUUUGGUCCAAAGGCGCUCAAGCACUUUCAGAUUGUGCUUAGUAUCAUCGCCGAUUCGCGGGCACCGCACGCGGCCAAGCUGAACAUGAUGCAGCAGUUUGUGGAAAAGUUUGACGUCGACUAUCCGAACGACGAGCUUUGCUCCAUCUUGGCGAGCUAUUUGGACGGGCUGCGGAAGGCUUCGGUCGAGAGGGGGCUGGUGCUGGCGCGGAGUGAGGCGCGGGAACGGGCGGAUAAGAUGCUGUGAUGAAUGUAUGCUCGAAAAAAUGUUGAUUGUUUAAUUGUAAAGUUUCCAUUCUUUUUGUAUAAUUAAGUUUUAUGGCACACAGUUGCUUUUGUCAUUUCAUAAU